AUGGUGCUUGUCAAAACGAGUCGGUGCUCAGUAGGUACAACCCCAUUGUAUGGCAGGAGGAAAACGCCGCCAGAAGGGGCCGUGGGACGGGAGCGGGGUCACAUCCGUGAGCUGUUGCGUGACCAGGUGCGGAGGGAGCGGCUGACACCUCCCUCAGGCGGGGCCGUUCAGUGCCCUCAGGAGGGCCCCGCCCGGGCUCAGGCUAGGCGAGGGCGAAGGCGACUGAAGUCAUCCCAGCCCGUGGCGCGGACCCGCACCGCGCCGGCACUGGCUCCCAGCCGGGUGUCCCGCGGCUCGGCCCGGCCCUCCGCCUCCAGCGCCGGAGGAGUGGGGCCGGGCCAGGCCACGGCGGUGCGGAGCAGCCCCCGCGGCCCGCGGACUGAACGCACCGGGGCGACAGGGCGCGCCAUGUCCGGAGCAGGGCCAGAGGGGCCGCCGCGAAGCCGCGCCGCCGUGCCAGGGCUGCUGGAGUGCUAUGAGUGCCAGUACCUGUGCACGGACCGGGCCUCCUGCCAGGCGACGCAAGCGCUUCUCGCCCUCCUGAUCCUGGUCUGCGGCUCCGUGUCCUGCGGCUCGACCGGGGGGUACACGAGCCUGCCCGACCUCGGCGGCAUCUACUACUACCACUACGGCGGGGCGUACAGCGGCUUCAGCGGGGCGGACGGGGAAAAAGCGCAGCAGCUUGACCAGGGCUUCUACCAGCUAAAGCUGCCGAUCGGAAGGGCAGUGAUGGCCGUGGGAGGGUGUCUUCUGGUCUUGUCUUGCGUUCUUGUUUUGGUUGGAAUUCUACGGCUACCGUGGCAUUUCCCAGCGUGGCUGCUGCUUGAAUGCAUCCUGGACGUUUUGGUUGCCAUUGGCGUGGUGCCUGCUCUGUACUACUUCUUCCAUUUUCUGCUGGGUGCUUACAGUUCAUCAGUGUGUCAAGAGAGAGAGCAGCUUUAUCAAAGCAAAGGCUAUCAGGGCUUCAGAUGCAGCCUGCAUGGGGCAGAGAUUGCUGUUGGUCUCUUAGGCUGCAUAGCUGCUGUGGCAUUCUUGCUUAGUGCAGGCCUAGCUGUCAGGGGGUACAGAAUAGUUCACAAUCUGAAACAGAAGCCAGUGCAACUAUACGAGCUUUAGAAUUAUUCCUCUGCUUCAGUGGCUUUUGCCAGCCUCCUCACUGAGACAGAGCAGUACAAUUUUCCUUGCUUCUGGGCAGUGAAGUCUAAAUAUGGGAGCAUCAGGCUGAUUGUAACUUCAGUGUGCAUUAUUGAAUUAUUAGUGGACACAGACUGAUAUCCAUCCCUGUUUAGUUGAUCAGCAAGCUGCCUGCCUUACCUGUAGUUGUGCCAUCCCCUCUUUCCCUGUCUUGUUCUCCUCCCGUUGAACGUACUGUUACUACAUACGUCUGCUGAUGAGCAGCUUUCUGAAGCUGAAAUUGUCUUUAUAAAAGGCAUGUGACUGUUCACUGAACCGAGCUCUUAAAAACAAGUGAUCAAGGCUUGAGGCUGCAGCAGCUAAAUACUGCUUUCUUGUAAGUCUCUUGGAACUAACAGGGGGCUUUGAUUAUGGCAUUUAAGAGCCAUCAGAGAAUCCUGAAAGAAUUUGCAAGAUGAAUAGGCUCAGCCUUACGUGUGACAUAAUGCCUUUUCAAACUCUCCAGGAGAGAGCACAUUUUUGUACGAAAUGGUCUUUUUAUAUAGCCUGUAUACAACAGUUUUGCUUAAAAAGAUGCCCUGAGUUGGGACAAUCAUUUAUAGGCUUUAUGAGCUGAAAUACAUGAUUUAGAGAUAGAUGUGUAUUGUUUUCAAAAUACACUUUGAUGCUGGUUUUGUAGUUACUAAAAGUGUAAAAUUUAGAUUUCCUAUAAGGUUUUAAAAAUAAUGGGGAAAAGAAAGUAGCACUAGAAUCACAAAAUCAUGUGUCAGAAUGAAAUACCACUUCAGAGCAGUGCUCACUGCCCAUAUAAAGAUGGAACCACCACAGGUCUCACCAGUUCUGCCCAUAUUAGCUUUGGCUUAGAUGUAUCUCGUUUCACUGGCACCAGUAACUAAAUCCUCACAAUUGCCAAAACCAUGUAACACUCUCAGAACUUGAGAUGUUCUCAGAACUAGAACAAAAACUAAAUAGGAACACACCACGUUCUCUGGAAUUUGUUGACUUCUCCUCCCUUUUAGCAGCUAUAUGCAAUGGGUGUUUCAGUGCAGGGAUUUAUGCAGACAGUCCGCUGUGGUCAUAUUUCUUUUAGUGACUCUGUACUUCCUCCAGCUACAGCUAUGUCUGUAGUGCUGUACAGUCCUUCUUAGAGGAACUACCAUCACUGCCCACAGCUAUGUUUGACUGGGGUAUUGCAAAUUUUCCCUCCAGCACAGUAAUGGAACCAGGAUACAGUUAGAUGAA